AUGUGGAUUGUUGCGGGAGUAUGUAGUGGCGUAGCAACAUUAUUAUCAUUUUAUCUUAUAUAUAAACAUCUUAGGAAUUAUACAGAUCCAGAAUUACAAAAAUAUAUAGUUAGAAUUUUAUUAAUGGUACCAAUUUAUGCUAUCGAUAGUUGGUUAUCAUUAAGAUUUGUAAAAUAUAGUUUAUAUUUUGAUGUUGUUAGGGAUACAUAUGAAGCAUAUAUUUUAUAUUGUUUCUUUUCACUUAUUGUAACUUACACAAAUAAACAAGAAGGUGGUUUACUAGAAGUUCUUCACAGCAAGGAACCUAUGACACAUCCUUUUCCACUUCAAUUUUUACCAAGGAUUAAACUAGGAAGAAGUUUUUUAACAAAUUGCAAAAGAUUUGUAUUACAGUUUGUAUUUGUUAAACCAGUUAUAGCAAUUAUAUCAUUGGUAUUGGAAACACAGGGAAAAUAUGGUGAGGGUGAGUUUACUCCUUUAAAAGGUUAUGUUUGGUUAACAGUUGUAGAAAAUAUUUCAGUUGGUUUGAGUUUGUAUUAUUUAGUUUUGUUUUAUAAGGCGACCGAAGAAGAAUUAAAGCCUUUCAAACCACUUGGUAAAUUUUUAUGUAUUAAAUCGAUUAUCUUUUUUGCUUUUUGGCAAGGUGUUGCCAUUUCAUUUUUAGUUUAUUUUGGUGUUAUUUCAGCAGUUCAAAAUUGGUCAGUAGAGUCUAUUUCAUCAGCAUUACAGGAUUUUAUCACAUGUAUUGAGAUGGUAAUUUUAGCGGUUUGCCAUCAUUUCUUUUUCUCCUAUCAAGAAUUUAGAAAUCCAGACAAAGUUCCAUUUAUCUAUGAUAAAAGAACUAAAACAUUCUUUAACAAUCCUAAAACAAAUAUUACACCAAUCAUUAAGAACUUUUUUACAAAUGUUACAAAUAUAUCGGAUGUUAUCUCAGAUACAAGAGAAACAUUUAUUUUACCGCUAUUAUCACCAGAGCAUGAGGCUUGUAAGGAAGAGGCCAAAAAAUUAAUAAGCGAUAAUAAAAUAGAAACAAUAGAUUCACUAGAAGAGUCAAUGGAUGUAAUGGGAAAUGAAAUUGAAAUAUAACAAUAGUUUAAAAUAAUAUCAAUAUAAAAGUUUCAAUAUAAUAGUUUCAAUAUAACAGGUCUCAAUAGUUUUGUAUUUAAUAAAUUUAAAAUUUUUUUUUUUUCAAUUACUCGAUAAAAAAAAAAAUUAGGUUAUAAUAUUAGGUUAUAAAUCAAUAGUAUUUUAAAUAAUAAAAUAAAAUUCUAAAAUAAUAAUAAUUUAAUAAUCU